AUGUCUUGUGAGCCUCUUGCACAAGUGCAGCGCUCCGUCCCCCACUCUCAGCACCCGAACCCGCUUAAUAGUUACAAGGAAGGGCCAGCGUGGCUGGAUCAGGCACGCGAUCCUGGGAGCUCACGAGUUGCACGCGAUAACUCGGCAAAGGCGUCCUCUGUCACCAUCACAAUCCAUCCCACAAACUCGGCGCAUCAUCCACCGCCCGACCGCGAAACGACGCUGACCCACGCCUCCUCGAUCGAUCGGUCUCUCUGUACAACCAUGGCCAUACCGAGGAGGGCAUCACGUCUGCUGCUGCUCACCGGCGCCGCCCUCCUGGUAUUCCUCAUCGUCCGCCUGCUGCCCGCCCACGGCGGUGGCUACGUCGUGAGUCGCGUCAUUCCCCAACGGCCGCGGGUCUUUGAGGGCUUCGACCCCGUCCAUCCCAAGCAGUUCCAUCCCGCGGCGUCCAUCAAGCCACUGCCGACCGGCGCCCGCCGCGCCCUGCCCCGCGUGCAGGCGCCGGACAGCGCCUUCACGCAGACGCCCGAGACGGAGAAGCGCCGCCAGGCCGUGCGCAAGACGUUUGAGCGCAGCUUCGGUGCCUACCGCCAGUAUGCGUGGAUGCAGGAUGAGGUGACGCCCGUCACCGGCCGCGGCAAGGACACCUUUGGCGGUUGGGCCGCCACGCUGGUCGACUCGCUCGACACGCUCUGGAUCAUGGGCUUCAAACCCGAGUUUGCCGAGGCCGCCGAGGCCGCCACCCACCUCGACUGGGGCCACACCGACUCCACCGCCAUCAACAUGUUCGAGACUACUAUCCGCCACCUCGGCGGCCUGCUCAGCGCCUACGACCUAAGCGGCGACAAGCGCCUGCUUGACAAGGCCCUCGAGCUCGGCAACAUGCUGUACGCCGGCUUCGACACCCCCAACCGCCUGCCCGGCUUCUGGCUCAACUUUCGCGAGGCCGCCACCGGUGCGCUCCUCGCCGGGACCGCCGAUCCCUCCGCCUCGCCCGCCUCCCUGUGCGUCGAGUUUACCCGGCUCUCCCAGCUCACCGGCGACCCCAAAUUCUACGACGCCACCGACCGCGUCACGCGCUUCCUCGAGCGCGUGCAGAACGACACCCUCCUGCCGGGCAUGUGGCCCACCGUGCUCGACUUCCAGCACGAGCAGGCCCGCGACAGCCAGUUCACCCUCGGUGCCCUGGCCGACUCGCUCUACGAGUACCUGCCCAAGAUGCACGCCCUGCUCGGCGGCGUCGACGACACAUACGAGCGCAUGUUCCGCCUCGCCAUGAACACGGCCGAGCCCAACCUGCUCUUCCGCCCCGUGCUGCCCGGCGGCGAGGACAUUCUCUUCGCCGGCGACUACCAGACGACGGGCGCCCAGAAGCUGGUCCCCCGCAGCCAGCACCUGACGUGCUUCGUUGGCGGCAUGUUUGGACUAGGCGGCAGGCUCUUCGCCAACGAGACGCAGGUCGUCAUCGGCGAGAAGCUCGCCCGUGGCUGCGGCUUCGCGUACGCCGCGUUCCCGACGGGCGUCAUGCCCGAAAUCUUCACCAUGAUGCCCUGUGAGCGCCGCGACCUGUGCGCCUGGGACGAGCAGGCCUGGGGCAAGCACGGCGACGAGGCCCUACCCCGCGGCUUCGUCAACGCCUGGGACCCGCGCUACCUGCUCCGCCCCGAGGCCAUUGAAAGCAUAUUUGUGCUCUACCGCAUAACUGCCCGCGCCGACCUGCGAGAUCUCGCCUGGCAAAUGUUUGAGGCUAUUAUGAAGUCCACCACGACGCGGUACGCAAACUCGGCCAUUGCAGACGUGCGCGCAGAACAGGAGACGAACAAGCUGGAUUCGAUGGAGAGCUUCUGGACAGCAGAGACGCUGAAAUACUUUUAUCUCAUCUUCUCUCCCUCGGAUGUCAUCAGCCUCGACGAAUACGUGUUUAAUACGGAGGCACAUCCCUUGAAACUACCCUCUUGA